AUGGAUGAACAGAUUACGUUGCUCGGAACCGGACAGCUGUUCGUCCAGCUAGACCUUGCGAAUGGAUAUUUUCAGGUACCGCUGGCAAAGGAGUCUAGAGAAAAGACCGCCUUCAUUACACAAGACGACACGGGUGAGUUCACAAGAACACCGUUUGGCCUAGCUGGAGCACCUGGGGAAUUUCAACGACUGAUGAACGUAGUGCUGGGAGAGCUGCGUGGUACAUUAGUCAAGAGUUAUUUGGAUGAUUGGGUGUUGGAGGCCAGUGACUGGGAAGACAUGCUGACCAAAUUGGAGCUAGUGUUGAAGUGCUUGAGAAAGGCCAAACAAACGUUGAGACCCGGUAAGUGUAUGUUCGGAACCAAAGAAAUCGAAUUUUUGGGUUUCGUAAUCACCAAGGGCGAAAUUAAACUUGGUCGGAAGAAAACUAGGUCGAUAUCCGAAUUUCCAAGACCCAAGAAUAUACACGAACUGCGGAGGUUUCUAGGACUGACCAGUUUCUUCAGGAGGUUUGUGAAAGGGUACGCUGUCCUUGCCGAACCACUGACUCGACUGACGAAGAAGGAAGUAUCAUAUACAUGGGAAUCGAAACAGGAGGAUGCUUUUGUUCAAUUAAAGAAAGUGUUGUCGCAAGAGCCUGUUUUAAAGAUGUUUAACCCCGAGGCCGAAACAACAGAACUACACACGGAUGCAUGCGCAUAUGGCUUGGCCGGUAUGUUGUUUCAGAGGGAUACAUCUUUGGACAAAUUGCGUCUAGUUCACUGUGUAAGUAAGAGAUUAACAGAAGCAGAACAGCACUACCACUCCAGUAAACUAGAGCUCAUGGCCAUGGUAUGGUCAGUGAAGCGCCUCAGGUCCUAUUUGUUAGGAAUUCAGUUUACUAUCUACACUGACUGCCAAGCGUUGACUUAUUUAAAUUCGUGCCGGAUAAGCAAUCCACAGAUAGCGCGUUGGUAUGACCUACUACAGGAGUACGUGGUCGAGGUUAGAUACCGUGUGGAAACUAAGAUGCAGCAUGUCGACGCGUUAUCCAGAGCUCCACAAACUGACCACGAAACAGAAGGUGCGGUGGAGGAGAUACUGUGCAGUGACCUGGACGUAUGCAACGUGCUGACGGUUGAAGACAAGGUUAUGAUGGCACAACGGUCGGACAGCGAAGUCAGUGAAAUUGUGAACAUGAUGAAAAAACCAAAGGAAGAAAGAACCAAACACGAAAACGGUAGGACAAGACACUAUGAAAUUAGAAAUGGACUACUGUACAGACGCUGUAAGGACAAACUGUUGUUCCGGAUGCCACGGAGCAUGAGGAAAAGCAUACUAGUAAGCGCGCACGACCUGAACGGACACCAGUCUGUGGAUAAAACGGUAAGCCAUAUAUUGCAAGACUAUUGGUUCCCAGGGUUGCGACGGUAUGUAAGACAGCAUAUCCACAUGUGCUUGGAGUGCCUAAUGAUGAAGACACCACGGGGAAGGCGUCCUGGGUUGUUACACCCAAUGCCAGUUGGAAGAAGACCCUUUGAGAUUGUACAUGCCGACCACAUGGGUCCUUUUGUAACCUGUCACCAGGGAAACAAGUAUGUGUUGGUCUUAGUAGACAAUUUCACUAAAUUUGUAUGUCUAUUUGCAGCUGAGGAUACAAGCGCGUUGUGCACGUUGGCAAAGGUGCAACAAUUUGUGUCACAGUAUGGGCUGCCUAGAAGGUUAAUCACAGAUAGAGGUAUCUGCUUCACUUCUAGAGUUUUCACAGAGUACUGCGAAGACAACGGUAUACUGCAUGGGCUAACUUCAACUAGGCGACCGCAGGCCAAUGGGCAGUGUGAAAGAGUUAACAGUGUGGUAACGUCAAUGCUACGAACUCAAGUUAAAGAAACCGAAGAGUGGAGUGACCUAUUGCCCAUGGUGCAAAGGCAGAUAAACAAUUCCGAAAGUAAAACUACCAGGAGAACUCCGUUUGAGUUGUUACAUGGUUAUCGACCGCGUUAUGACUUGGGUAAGCUAAGGGAACUGUCUACCACUACGGAAGACUGGACUUGUCCGGAAACGUUAAGGGAAGAGAUACGUGACGCCAUGGAGGAGGAAAAGGAACAAACCAAGGCCAGGUUUGACAAACACAGACAUGACCACAUCAAGUAUACUGUGGGAGAGGUGGUAGUUCUGAGCAGAACACCAGUUCACACCGGUGAGUCUACAAAACUGCAAGAAAAGUACAAAGGACCACUAGUGGUGACUGAGGUGUUGCCAGGGGACGCAUAUCGAGUAGCCCAGCUGCAAGAAGGGGCCAGAAGGCAUUUUACAACCACAGCGCACGUGAGCCAACUGAAGUCGUGGAAGAUAGCACCAGAGGAAGAGGACAGAUCAGAGGAGGACAACGAAGCACACAAGGAGGUCAAGGGAAGGGCCCGAAGGGAGGUCAAGGUGCCAAGACGGUUCCAAGACUAUCAAAUGUAUUAA